AUACUGGGCAUCACAUAUGAAAUGGCUUCAAAUUCAGUUGAUCAUUUGGCCAUAUUGGAGGGACAGCCUGGAAGUUAUUUCUGUGGGUCUUACUUAUUGCCCAGCUUCGUCACGAAUAUUACUCAUCCCGUUUUAGCGUUAGUGUUUCGUACAGACGAAAGUGUUCAACGCAAAGGCUACGAUAUGACUUAUGUGUCGACACAUGAAGAUUGCGGAGGCGAACUUUGGUAUCAGACCUCAGGUGUGCUCUCCACUCCUGUUCUAAAUGACCCAGAAAAGUCAUGUGUCUGGCGCUUGACCCCGCCCCCUCGAAUGGUCGUGUCUUGGCGGAUAGAAGAGAUUAACCUGCGGGAGAUAGGCAGCGAUGAGGAAAUGUGCAACGCGACAACAGGCUUUCUUCGCAUCACGGAGCAGUCCAUCGGGCAAGAGCUUGACAGUAUGGUGGAAGAAGAGGUGGCAAAAGUGUGUGGAUCGCUAUGGUCUACCUCAUCCGAGCAUGAUUUUAUGGUAACCUAA